AUGGGCGACGAGAACAGCAACAACGAUGGGCGACGGGAAGUGAUAGGAACAGCAACAACGAUGGGCGAUGAGAAGCGACGGGAACAGCAGCAACGAUGGGCGACAGGAACAUUUGGAGAUAAAAAUGUAGGUGAUUUUAUUGAUGCUGCUGGUGAUGGAAAGAAUACAAUGAAAAAAGAGAAUGAGAAUAUUAUUCCAGAAGGUACUGGUGAUGUAAUGGCGAUAGAUGAUGAAAAUAUUGAUGAGGCAAAAAAAGAUGAUGAUGAUGGUGAUGAAGAAGCAGAAGAUGAUGGUAAUGAAGAUGAGAAAAAAGAUGAUGAUGAUGAUGAUGAUAAUGAUAAUGAUAAUGAGGGAGAUGAAAAUAAGAUGAUGAAGGAAUAA